AUGCUCGCACACCGCGGUACUUGGCUACAUAAUCUGCGUAUUGGGAGAGCAACAUGCUCAUGCAGGUUUAAAAGCCACAUGAAGACGUUCACCCAGAAAGAUGCCGAUAUCUUGUCGGGCCCGGAUGAGGUAUAUCCCAUGCAGAAAGAUGUCGAACUAGUAUUUUUCUGGAUUGGAUGGCUUGCUCUAUCGGUCAGAACACAUCAAGAACGGCAAGCGCGGUUAGAUAACGAGGCUACAUGUAGUCAAGAUCCAAAAUUCAAAUACCUUAGAACAGCUUGA